AUGUCACAAAUCCACAACCACCUGUUCAAUAUUAAUACAAAUCAGUGCAAAACCUUGUCGUUUGUGUUUGCUAAUCAAUAUUGUUGGGAGAAAACGGCCAACGUUGUACGACAGGCGCUGAUGCGCCCUCAAAUCCUACGGCCACUUGGUAUAGAAAACGACGUCAUCGAAGGAGUUCACGAACUUGUAUACCUGGAAAUGCUCGUCAAUACUGAUAAUAAAACUACGGCAAAGAUAAACGCCAGAAUUUUUCACGGGCCAACAAGUUGCUAUUUUGAGCUUAUUCUACAUGGUAAAACAUCCAAUGAUAUCGAGAUAUACACAAGAUGCAAGGUGGAGAACAUCAAGGAGUGGGUAAGAAAUAGAAGACUAGAAUGGAACGAUCAUAUAAGUCGAACGACAACAAAUAGAGUAGUAAAGACGACAAGAGAUAGUUCCGCAAUAGGAAGAGGAUCAGAAGGAACACCACGAAAACGAUGGAACGACAACUUACUGAGGCACAUUGAAAACAGACAAAGAGUCAUAUAUCCAAAGUCAGUAUUGCCCACAUCGGAGGACGGGUUAAAACAAUUUCUAGAAAAACGCUGGAGAGAUAAAGAAACGAUUAUAAAAGAAUUCAAUGCUACAGGCAAAUUUCUCCACGGUCCAAUCCUCAGAUGCAACAAAAGAUGGGAACUGAAAUGUGAGGGAUUGGGAGUACCCAUAAGAAACGACCAUCUGUAUACCCUGAGUUUCGGCGACGAUCAGGUCAUAAUAACACAAGACGAGGAAGAUCUAAGUUACAUGGUUCGAAAACUAGAAGAAUAUAAUAUAAAUGAUCUGGGAAUAAACAUUAACAAAAUAGAAUAUCUGAACACAACACAAGAACCAACAAGAAACCUGGAAGUGGAUGACGGGCAUGAAAUAAAGGGGACCGAUAAAUUUAAAUACCUGGGUUCAUUAUAUCAAAUAAAGGUACUACAGAAGAAGAAAUUAAAAAUCGAACACAUAACAAAAAUUAACAAAGAAAGAAUUUAUAACACGAUGAAAAGCAGAAGAAACAAAAUAAACGCCACAGAAAUGGAUUACUGGAGAAGAAGCUGCAGACUUUCCAGAAUGGACAAAAUAACUAACGACGAAAUCAAAAGACGAAUGGAGAUAAAGAAAGACACCUUAAAUUACAUUGAAGAAAAAAGAUUGAAGUGGUACGGACAUGUCAGACGAAUAAACCCAAACCGAUGGAUAGCAAAAAUAACAGUGGAGCCCCAUAGGAAAACGCAAAAGAGGCAGACCAAGAAGAUCUUUCAGAGAUGA